GUCCUCUGUAUUCCCAGGACUGUCCAGAGGAGAAGCUCCCAGAGAACCAUCAGAUGACAAAUCGGGGGGAAGAUGUGACUGAUAUUAAAGUGGAGGAUGAAGAAGAGUGGCUGAUGGGCGACCCCCCGUGUAAGAGUGAGGUGGAGGAGGACCUUCCAGGAGAUGUGACUACAGGAAAUCCCAGUAAGAACAUCGUAUUAUCUCUCCAUUAUAAAGUAGAUGAUGAAGGUAUCGUGCAGCGCUCUUCAGGAGAAAUCCUCACUACCCAUAAUGUACACCCAGGACCUCACAGUACAGAUCUAUCGCAUAAUCAUGAGGAACCUGCUGACCAAUCACAGAUUGCUACCACAAGUACCAGGCAGAAUGGGGGUGAAAGGUUUCAAUGUGAUGAAUGUGGGAAACAUUAUUCAUGCAGAUCAGUCCUUGUCAAACACAGAAGACUUCACACUGGAGAGAAUUUGCAUUCGUGUUCUGAAUGUGGUAAAUGCUUUACCAAUAGAUCACAUCUUGUUAUACAUGAGCGAAUCCAUACAGGAGAGAAGCCAUAUUCAUGUCCAGAAUGUGGAAAGGGUUUUCCCAAAAAAUCAUAUCUUGUUAUACAUGAGAGAAGUCACACAGGAGAGAAGCCAUUUCCAUGUUCUCAAUGUGGGAAAUGUUUUACACAAAAAUCACAUCUUAUUAAACAUGAGCGUAAUCACACAGGUGAGAGGCCGUAUUCAUGUUCAGAAUGUGGGAAAUGUUUUAUUACUAAAGCCAAUCUUCGGGUUCAUCAGAGAAUUCACACUGGGGAGAAACCAUUUAUAUGUUCUGAAUGUGAGAAAUGUUUUACAGAUCGAUCCAGUCUUUUUAGACAUAAGAGAAUUCACACGGGAGAGAGGCCGUAUUCAUGUUCAGAAUGUGGGAAAUGUUUCAUGCAUAAAUCACAUCUUAUAAUACAUGAGAGAAGCCACACAGGAGAGAGGCCAUUUUUAUGUUCAGAAUGUGGGAAAUGUUUUAUAAAUAAAUCAAAUCUUGCUAUCCACGAGAAAAGUCACACAGGAGAGAAGCCAUAUUCAUGUUCAGAAUGUGGGAAAUGUUUUACUACAAAAACCAAAUUUAAGGAUCACCAUCUAAAAUAUCACACAGGGGAGAAGUCCUUCUCAUGUUCAGAAUGUGGAAAGUGUUUUACAAGAAAAUCAAAAUUUGAAACUCAUCAAAAAAUUCACACAGAGAAGAAACCAUAUUUUUGUCUGGAAUGUGGAAAAUGCUAUAAGAGCAAAAAAAGGUUUUUAAACCACCAGGCUAUUCACAAACAUUAAACUCUUAAUAAGAGAAUUUAUUUUUAUGGUGGAAUUAGCCUGGAUCUGCUGAACACCCAAAUUAUAUUAACUGACAUGAACUGUUGGAAAGAAAGAGCCUCGCGUCCUUCCAAAUCACCGAAGAGGAAUGGUCACCUUGCUUCUUCUUACUGUAUUCCCACAUCCACCCUCUGCAGGAGAAUCCAGAGUGGCAUAAUGAAAGAAUAGUACCCCAUGAAGACUUUUUUAAAUUUGUUAACUUGUAGACGGAGCAGUAUUUUUGUUUAUUCAAGUUUUUAUUGAACAUCAUAGUAGUACAAACAGCAAAUAAUAAUCUGUCUUAUGUCGAAGUGUAGAGCUGGACUGGCCGCCCUGCCUAGAGAUGAGGGUGGGAGUUCGGCGGUGCAUAGUAAGUAUUUAACAGGAUCUAAAAUUGUAGAAAGGGUGUAGUAAGAAUGUAAACACCAUGCAGUCUGCUGAUUAAAGAGUGAGUAUGAAUACUGUAUGAUAGGGUCGAUUAGUAGUUUUGGGUGGGGGUGUUGGGAAUAUUAGGGAAUAUUGGGUUUUCUUUAGGAAAGACUGGGUUAUAUAGUGGGUCAGAGCCUAUAUACGAUGGAAAGCACCCAAUCUUGGACGACCGUGACAAAUAUUUCUAUGUUAUUUCAAAGUGUAACGAGUGAAAUAUUGGAAUAAACAAAUCCACCAGG